AUUUUUUAUUAAUUGCUACAUUUGACUCUAGUUUAAAAAUAAUGUUGUACACAAAACUAGUUAAUUCACUACUUAAUUUGCUAUAACUCGAAUUAAUAGUUAGAUAAAUACUUAAUUAGUUUUUUACAAUUUUUUAUUAAUUGCUACAUUUUUUAGAUGGAUCGUCCUAGAUAUUCGGUUGAUAUGGGUAACCUCGAGCGCAACCGAACGAACGAGCUUGCGAGGAAGAGAUCCCGCAAAGGUAAAUCACAUAUCGGCUCUUCAUCUCAAAGUCAAGAUGAUUUUGAUACGGGUUACGUAAGGAGGGAUGGGGAUGCGAUGACCGACGAACAACUAGAACAAGAAUUGCACCGACAUAAUUCCCGCUUUUUUCAAGACCAACCGAGGACCAUUGACGAAGAAGAGCUCGAGGACGAGGACGACGAUGUGGAGGAAGCAAUUCCGGAGAGCCACGACGACGAGGAGGAGGAGGGUGGCGGCAGCCAUGACGCCGACCAAGCAGCCUCAUCCCAAACAGGUACAAAAAAAAGUAGAUCUGAAUUAAUGGCUAAUAAUUUUUCUAAGUGGAAGGACCCGAACACCGGGAAUUGGACCGCAACUUGCAAUUGGUGCAAGAAAAACUAUAGCUUGGGGAUUUACGGCGGAUACGGAUCCGCCACAAGACACCUUAAGUCCAAACACUCGGUGGAGUAUGCAAAAUUAGGCGGCGGAACGGGGAAGCAAACGCAAAUAUCGAGGUUUGCAAAUAACCAACAAGCUUUUGGUAAUUUCUCAUACAAUGAUGCACAAAAUUUGACAGGUAUGGCUAACUUACUUGUUGAAGAAAAUUUGCCUUAUUUGUUUUCUGAAAGUCUUGCUUUUCGUGAUUAUGCACAAACUUGUUUAAAUCCGCAAUAUAGAGGUUAUAGUCGCAAAACGGUUAAGAAAGAAAUUUCAAGGCUUUAUUGUGCGGAAAAGGUAAGGUUACAAAAUUAUUUUGCAAACUUUGAUGGACGUGUUACUGUAUGUUCUGACAUAUGGGAGGAUACUUAUCAUAAUUUACAUUAUUUGGGUCUGACUGUACAUUAUAUUGAUAAUGAUUGGCAUAUGCAUAAACGUGUUCUUGCUUUCCGUGAAUUUAAUGAUCGUCACACCGCUGAACAUAUUUAUAUUUUGAUUGAACGUAUUUUAAUUGAGUAUAAUUUAAUUGAUAAGGUGUUUGCUAUUGGUUUUGAUAAUGCUACUAAUAAUACUGCUGCUAUUCCUAGAUUGCGUGAAUUGUGUGGUUCUACUUCUUUGAUGGGUAGAUUUUUUCAUCAACGAUGUGCAUGUCAUGUUCUAAAUUUAUGUGUGCAAGAUGGUCUAAAAGCGUUGGGAGCAUCGUUGGAGGUAGUCAAGGGGGGGAUUAGACGUAUUUGGGGUAAUGGACACCUUAGGAAAAAAUGACAUGAUUAUUUGAUAGAAAGAGGUGAGAGAUAUGUGGCUUUUCCAAAAGAUUUGUCUAUUCGUUGGAAUAGUACCUAUAAGUUAAUUGGAGUUCUUCUCAGAUAUAAACAACAUUUUCCUGCUUUUAUGAAACAAUAUGAUAACUAUAUUAUAAACUCGGCUGAGAUCGACACCUGUGAAAAAAUUUGUAAUGCUUUGAUAUAUUUUAAUAAUGCAACUGAAACUUUUAGUCAUGUUUAUAAACCUACCUCAAACCAAUUUAUUCGUGAAGCUGUUAAUCUCGCCGGUGCUUUUUCAAAUUUUGAGAAUGCUGAUUAUGUGAAUUAUUUUGCUGGUUUUAUGAAGGAAAAGUUUUUAAAAUAUUAUUCACAUAUUCCGCAUAUUUAUGGUAUUGCAUUUGUUCUCGAUCCUCGUUUUAGACUUGGUUCUUUAGAAAAAUGUUUGAAUUAUUAUUAUGCUGCUUUUUUUGGUCCAUUGCCAAUGUAUGAGGACAACCCAAUUGAUCCGAAAAAAGAAUACAACGAGGUUAGUGAUAUAUUUUAUGCAUUAUUCAAUGGGUUUCAUGCACAAUAUGGCAAUGCGCCGCCUCCUCCGACACAAACAUCAUCUAAAGGAAAAUCAAUUUUCAAAUCUACGUUUGCCAAUCUUAUUAAAAAAACAAAAUCAACUUCCACUACACAACAAAUCACAAUUAAUGAGAUUUCUUUGUAUUUAACUUAUGAUGUUGAUUUUGAAGAAGAUGAUGAUUUUGACGUACUAAACUGGUGGAAGGGAAAAGAAAGAAUGUUCCCGGUUUUAGCAAAGAUGGCUAAGCAAGUGCUAUCAAUGCCGGUUUCAACGGUUGCCGUGGAACAAGAAUUUAGUUCGGCCGGCAAUGUUCUAACACAAACCAGAACGAGGUUGAGCGCUGAAUCUCUUGAGAUGCUUAUAUGCUAUCACGAUUGGUUGAAAGCAGCACGUAGAGCUCAAGAAAUUGACAUCACUCCAUCCCAACACUUUAUGGAUGAAUCUACAGAGGGUGGUUCUACUUAUGCCGGAGAUUCCGAUUAAAAACAAUUAUAGUUCCUAUUUAAUUUUCAAAUGUAGUUCCUAUUUCAUUUCAAAUAAAU